UUCAUUUGUUGUUUCUUCGCCAGCUUCAGCCACUCCUUUUCAAAUGCCAGAAAGUGAUUCCUCAUCUCCUUCAAAUUCUUCCUCCUCUUCUUCAUCAGCAUUUUCUUCAAUAUCCAAUUCUAAAAAACAUUUUACUUUUCAACGUUCUUCAACAGAAACUUUAGCCAAUAGUUUAACAUAUUCUUUAAAUACACAACAACAAAAAAUCCCUAAAAAACCAAAACUUUGUUGGCUUUUACAUUCAAAUACUUUCUCUUUAGCACAUCCACAACAAAUAAAAAGUAAUGGUGAUAUUCCCAGAUAUAAAUUGCCGUCACUUCCUCCUCCUCUUCCAAACAACAAAAAUAUUCCGGUGCCUUCAUUUACAAAAAGUCCUCCCAAAUCAGUUGCUUUUCAAUCAAAUUCUCCAAAAUAUUUUAUUUCAAGAAAUAUAAGUACUCCUUCAUGUUGUUAUGGAAGUAGUGAAAUAUAUGAGGAAUUAGCAACAGAUUAUCAAGAAGAUAUUGCAGAACCUCCUUAUUUAAAAAGAUUAGUCAAUAAUAGAUUACCUCCCCCAAUUACUCGACCACCACCUUUACCUCCAGAACAAUUUAACAAUAAUUGUUGUUGUUGUGAAAAAGAAGGAGAAAAUGGAAAAAGUGGAAGAGAAGAAGAAAUUAGACAAAAAAUAAAUAAUUUUGGAAAUAAUAAAAGGUUUUUAAAUUCAAAAAUUUUGAAAAAAAUUUAUUUUUUAAGUCAAAAUAAAUUUUCAAUAAAAACACCUCCUCCUCCAAAUAAUACUCUUCCAAAGUGGAUGUCUACAGAAAAUGAAAAACAAAAUAAAGGAAUGUUAUCCUCCCCAAAUAUUUGGACAUCAACAAAAGAAAAUAAUGAAUAUAUUUGUAGACAAAAAAGAACUUAUGUUUAG